AUACUUUUGUACAUAAAGAAGCCAAUUAUAUAACUUGUAUAAACAUAAUCAUGCCAGGAUUUAGAGGUAUCAGAAUGGUCUCUUUUGAUAAGGACCAGCAAAAAGUAGUUGUACGUUCACCACAAGCAGUAGAAGCAACAGCAUGUGUAGUGUGGCCAGAACCAGCCAUAUCAAUUCUAGUAGACAUCAUGGCCAUUUUCUAUAGACACAUAACAAAUGAGCCAAAUCAAAGAGAGGAAUAUUAUCAAAAGGCGUUUGCCGCAUUGGCUUUUCAUUUGAUGCAACUUGAAAAAGAAAAAGUGAUACCACCAGACUUUUUAGGAAAUAUGACAAAAGAAAAGAUGCAGAUGAAAUGGCAAGAAAUAGAGCAUAAAUACAGUAAUAUAGCAUCAUCAUUAACACCUGGUGGUCCCACAGGUCAACAGAUUUGGCCUUAUUUUGACAAAGUAACAUUUAUUUUUCAAACCAGUCGUAUCGUUCCGCCAGAGACUACUCGACACUCUGUGUCGGAGGGAGCCCUGGAAGAACCCAACACAACAAAUCCUCCAAACUCUGUUACAGACCAUAUUCCCCCAACCAGCAUUUCCAUGCCAUCUAGCCCUGCUCCUGUAACAGCUUGUUCUCCCGAGAAUGGCACAGUAUCGCGCUCUACGGCCACGUCAGAAACAGAUCAGGCGCAGUUUAACCCCCAUCAGGAAUCACCAAAAGAACUAUCUGAACAAGAAUUUCGGAAAGAGAUGCUUUGUCUGAUGCGCAGGCGCGUAGAAUUAUUAGAAGAGCAAAAGGCAAGAGAAGAUAAAAAACACGAAGAACGAAGAGAGAUGAUGGAUCGCCUUGUAAACAUCUUGGAAAAACUGGCUGACAAACUGUAGAAAGAACAUUGCAAUUUAUUCUUUUAAAGCAUUGCAGUAAAGUAGUCACCGCCCUCCCUUUCUGUCUGCUCUAUCUGCAAUGGACUCUUAAUUUUUAAAGUCACUCCUCUUGCUGUCAUUAUUUGAAUUUCAGCAUGCAGACAGGGGACGACUGAUGUGUAGUUGUAAUAUAUAGAAGCACAUAAGUUUUAUUUUAUGCUUAGGCUUAAUAAUAUACGC